GUCCGGUCCCCGGGCCCAGGCCGCCCACCUCGCCGCUGCCAGCCCCGGGCCGGCCCUCCCUCCCGCGGCCGCUCGCAAAACGCGGCGAGCGGAAUCCGCACGCGGAAGCGCCCGCCGCACUGAGCAUGCCCAGUGGCUCCGUCGGCCGGAGGAGUUCUUUUUCUUUUUCUUUUCUUUCUUCUUUUUCCUCUCUUUCCCCUUCUUUUUCUUUUUCCGGGUCUCCGCCAGGAGGCCCGGCCCCCGGCCCCCGCUCCAGACCCCCGCCGUCCCCGGGCCUGAGCAGCCAACUAUGGCCGAGGCGCCCGGCGCCGCGUUGUCCCAGGCGGGUUGGUAUCUUUCAGAUGAAGGCAUUGAAGCUUGCACAAGUUCUCCUGGCAAAGUCAAUAUAAAUGACAUCAUCCUGAUUGCUCUCAAUACAGAUUUGAGAACAAUUGGAAAGAAGUUCCUUCCCAGUGACAUCAACGGUGGCAAGGUAGAAAAGCUUGAAGGUCCAUGUGUUUUACAAAUUCAGAAAGUCCGCAAUGUUGCUGCACCAAAAGAUAAUGAGGAAUCGCAGGCUGCGCCAAGGAUGCUUCGCUUGCAGAUGACUGAUGGGCAUACAAGUUGUACGGCAGUAGAAUUCAGUUAUAUUUCAAAAAUAAGCCUGAACACACCACCUGGCACAAAAGUGAAGCUCUCGGGCAUUGUUGACAUAAAGAAUGGAUUCCUGCUCUUGAGUGACUCUAACACUGCAGUUCUUGGUGGUGAAGUGGAACACCUGAUUGAGAAGUGGGAAUUGCACAGAAGCUUAUUAAAACAUAAUAGAAGCAAUAUCGGAACUGAAGGUGGCCCACCUCCUUUUUUGCCUUUUGGACAGAAGUGUGCAUCUAGUGCUCAGGUGGACAGCAGAGAACUUGAUAGAAGAAAGACAUUACAGGUUUCAGUGCCUGUCAAACCUACAAAUGAUAAUGAUGAAUUUGAAAAGCAAAGGACUGCUGCAAUUGCAGAAGUUGCAAAGAGCAAAGAGACCAAGACAUUUGGAGGAGGUGGAGGUGGCGCCAGAAGUAAUCUCAAUAUGGGUGCUGUUGGUCACCGAAAUAGGGAGGUUUUACAGAAGGAAAAGGCUUCCAAAUCAGAGAAUAAGCAUGAAGGUGUCUACAGAGAACUGGUUGAUGAGAAAGCACUGAAGCACAUAACAGAAAUGGGCUUCAGUAAAGAAGCAUCGAGGCAAGCGCUCAUGGAUAAUGCCAACAACUUAGAAGCAGCGUUGAAUGUGCUUCUAAACAGCAGUAAACAGAAGCCUGUCGUGGGUCCACCUCCUAGAGGUAGAGGGAAAGGCAGGGGCCGAGUACGUGCUGACGAUGAAGAAGACCUAGGAAAUGCAAGACCAUCAGCACCAAGCACAUUGUUUGAUUUCUUGGAAUCUAAAAUGGGAACUUUGAGUGUGGAAGAACCUAAGUCACAGCCACAGCACCUUCAUCAAGGACAGCACAGAGUGUCCAAUACUGAACAAAAUGGGAUAAAAGAUAGCAAUCAAUCAAGACAUCUUCCUCGAAACGAUACCAGGCAACCAAGAAAUGAGAAACCUCCUCGUUUUCAAAAAGACAUCCCCAUUUCGAAGACAGCUUUAGAAAGCAGUGCAUCCUCUCGAAAUAGAGGCUCUGACAGACCGGGUGGUUCUUUAGGUUCUGAAGCAUGGGCAGAAGAGAGGAUCAAGUGUGAUAGGCUAUAUUCUAGAUAUGACAGAACUAAAGACGCUUCAUACCCUUCAAGUUCUCAGCACAGUGAUGCUGCUUUUAAAAAAAGAGAUAACUCUAUGCAAAACAGAUCAGGAAGAGGUCCAUUGUAUGCAGAGGCAAAAGAAAACCCACUUUCUCAAGAAUUUAUAGAUUAUAAUAAUCAAAAACGUGGGAAAAGAGAAAACCAAACAGGUAAUCCUGAUCAUUUUUAUGACAGGAAAUCACGGACAAUGAAUAAUGAAGCUUUUAGUGGUCUAAAAAUUGAAAAACAUUUUAGUGUAAAUACUGAUUACCAGAAUCCUGUCCGAAGUAAUAGUUUUGUUGGUGUUCCAAAUGGAGAGACAGAUAUGCCACUAAAAGGAAGACGAGUAGGACCAAUUAAGCCAGCAGGACCUGUCACAGCUGGACCCUAUGAUGAUAAAAUAUUUUAUAAUAGUGGCCCCAAAAGAAGAUCUGGGCCAAUUAAGCCUGAAAAGGUGAUAGAGUCAUCUAUUCCUGUGGAGUACGCAAAGAUGUGGAAACCUGGAGAUGAAUGUUUUGCACUUUAUUGGGAAGACAACAAGUUUUACAGAGCAGAAGUUGAAGCCCUACAUUCUUCGGGUAUGACGGCGGUCGUUAAGUUCACAGACUACGGAAACUAUGAAGAGGUGCUACUUAGCAAUAUCAAGCCCGUUCAGACUGAGGCAUGGUAUAAAUAAAGCAAGAACACAAAACUCAAUUGCAAGAUUCAAAUUUAGAGGCAUGGAUAUUGUUGCCUUUUUAGUCAAGAAAAACUGUCAUUUUGUAAGGUAAUUUAUCAUUUUUCCUUACAGUAUGAUUUUCCUGUUGAUACAUACGUUUAAUUAAGAGGGUACGUCCUUCAGCCUCAUUUUCUGAAGUUUCAGAGUUUUUUUCUAAAAGACUGAGAUACUAUCAUCUAUAUAUUUUUACUUUCUUGGAAAAGCUUGGUUUCACAUAAUUUUGCUCAUUGUGAUCUCAUGUGAUAGCUAUUUUAUUCUCCCCCUUUUUUUUUGUUAAUACUUUCUAACCCGAUAGUAGUAAUAAAAGUGAUUUAGUUACUGAAUCUGUAUUUCUAGAAGUUGAAUUACAUCCAGCUGUUUUCACAUGUUCCCAAUUGUUUUUAUUCAUAAUGUUCAUUGUCAAAGUGGAAGUCAUGUUUUAAUGUGUAAAUUACACGUUAUGUAGAAGCUUAUAUGAUACAAGCUAGGUGUUCACGUAGCCCAGGCUGUGCUCAUCAUAUAGCCAAGAGUGACCUUAACCAAUUCCCUGCCUGUUAGAGCCAGGGUUGCCGGUGUACACUCUUAUGCUGCCUUCAAAGUAGAACUUUUAUUGCAGUUGAGAUUUUAUAUUUUUAGAAAUCUCAGUGAGGUAUCAGUUUUACUCUUUUCUCCUAAAAGAAGUAUUUCAUUUUCUUUGUAUCUUUUUGCUCUGCUAGGGCAGUCAUACCUAGUGACAUUUGUUGUUCCUCCCUGGAACUCCCCCAUUUAGAGGUGUAUAGUCCUGAAAUGCUAUAGUCAGUACUUUCACUUUUCUACCUUAACAGUCCUCACGGCCCUUUCCAUGAUUUUUAUUUGUGUACACAUAGCUGGAUGAGUCAGAUGUCAUAGCUGGUUCAGUGAUUGUAUUCAUAGCCACAAUAUACUCUAUUGAAUAUUCGUUUGUGCUUUACUUUCAUAUAUUCUUAAGCUUGAAAUAAAUACCUAAACUGUUUUGCAGAAGUAGGAUGAAAUCACUACAUCUUCUGGAGGUUUUGCCAUUCUUAUAUGUGCAGAUUUUACAUAAAUUAAUGUAACAGUUUGGGCUAUAGGCAUCAUUGCUGAGGAAAAGAUGACCUAUUUUGUCUGCAACAGAACUUGCUAGAGAGAAACAUCUUCUUGAAAUAUAGAUGCCACCAGCUUAUCGUUUCUCUUCUGUCUCCAUUUAAGCACUAUCUAUGUGUACAUAGGUACAUACUUGAAAAGCCACUGCAGCAAUACAAUCCACACAGAUGUAUGUGUGAUGUAGAAUCAAGGUGGAAUUCUUAGCUUCUGAGAGUAUUUGCUGUGCAGUCUAUGAGCACGUUUCUUUCCGUACCUUGGGACUGUCUGAAGGUUAAGUUAAAGCUCUACAAAGCAAAAUAUCCACUGUACCAAUAGGAAGGCAGCCCUAGUUGGCUGACUGACUCUACAGAUCUAAAGGACAGAGGUGGAGGAAAUCUGCUUAGCGGCCUUAGCACAGCUAUUCAUUUACACUGUGGAUUAAUGAGCUUUUAUGUUCUUGCACUACAUAUGUGUGUAUUUUUAUGUUAAAUAGUAUGCUUACUUGAUUAAGGUUCAUCUUUGUUAUUGGUGCAAGAUACUGGAAAUUGCCUGUUAAUUUUUCCAAAAAUACCAGUGAUCAUUUAGCAAAGGUAUUUUUCCAGUAAAGUGCAGAACAAUCAAAAAUAGCUUGCAUAUAAACCAAAAAUGCCUUUAUAAAAACCAGUUGCUUGUACUGCUUCUCAGAGCUGUAAGGAUAAAUCAACAACUAAAACGCAUGAAAUAUUAAGGACAUAAAGACUAAGUUAAGAGUCGGUUGUAUGGAAAAUUAAAAUAAAAGUUAAUGCUUUAAAUCUAAGUGUUAAUGUUUUUAUCAUGAGGUUUAGGGAUUAUUUAUAUAUGUUGGAAGGCUGAAUAUUUAUUUACUUCUCUUGCCAGUCUGGAUAUGCCCACCUUUUUAUUUCUAGAACACAUUCAGGGAUGAUAUUUUAAACACUCAAUAUAUGCUCUGAUUUUGACUGAAUACUUUAUUUCUUUGAAAAUGAUUUAUUAAACAUCUUGUAUUAACCUUGAACUUUUGUUAUUGCAACUAGAUUUUACCCUGCUCUUUUUACUACUGUAAGAAGUUGCUUUUUUUUUCUAAUUAUUUUUAUUGAAAAUAGUUUUUUUUCUAUAAAGUAUAUUCUGAUUGUGGUUUUCCUCCUUCGACUCCUCCCAGAUCUCCUCACUUCCCUUCCCACCCAAAUUCAUACCCUUUCUCUCUCUCUCAUUAGAAAAACAAACAGGCAUCUAAAAAUAAUAAUAAGAUUAAAUAAAUUUUAUUUUUAAGAAUUGUCUUGUAA